CCAAUCGCCGACUGGCCGAUUGUCUCCGGCCACUUCACCUAACAGGCAAUCGCUACCCAGCUGCCGUCAGCAUCGCAAGAGCGUAGGACGUAGCUUCCAGGUUCGGUCGACACCGACAAAGGGGCCACGCGGCUGUACGAGCAUUGGAAGUCACGCCGCCAUAGGUACCUUCCGUUACUCUCGACCUGCUAUCUGCCCGCGGCCAUAGAGGGGCAUUCAGACCACAACGUGCCCCCAUCAACCGGCCAUACUCCCCCCCGAGGUUUCUGGUUUCUGGUGCGGCUUGUGUAGUAGUGGCAUCGAAUAUAUCAAAUUCCGAGACUACACUGGAAAACGCCCAGACUAUAUAUCAAUACCUACCGCACACGGGACUGCCUAGACGAUAGAUCCAUACAUUGGGCUUGUCCUUCAUCGAUACCUGCCGGACCUAGCAGCGCCGAGGCCAUUUCUUGGUGACAUAGGUACAUACCUACCUACCUACCGCUCAUUCGACUCGGGGACACGACCGUCACGAUGACCGACGCAUCGAUGAGAGACUACGGCAUUGCCGCCCCCCAUGGUCCCAAUAUGGGUGGUCAACAUGUCGCUACUGCCGAUCUGGGAGACAUGAAGCAUAACGAGUCAGAAGUCUUUCGAUCACUUCUGCUACCCGACGACAGCUACGACGAGAACGGCACGUAUUGGGCGGAUAUGAAGGUCGCCCAGAGGCUCAAGUUUGUCAACAAAGUCGACUCUGCAGAAGCCAAGAAGGAGGUGCAGAGCAUCGGCCGCAUGAUGAAGGCCGAUCCUCUCAGUCCCGUCAGUUACUACUUCCGGAAUAUGGUGAUUCCUGGUAUGGGUCUCUUGCUUGAAGGUUACGUCUUGUUUUCCAUCGGGAAUGUGAAGCCCCUCUUCACCGCAGCUUUCCCGGACUGCUGGCACAAUUACAAGGUCUGCACCAAGACUUGGGUGCAGGCCGUGGACUACCUGGAGAUUCUCGGCAUCAUUGUGGGCCAAAUUCUGGUUGGUGUUCUCGGUGACUGGCUUGGUCGUCGGUGGGGCCUGAUUCAGGAUGCCGUGAUCAUGUUCUUGGGCCUCAUUAUGCUCACAGCUUCCUGGGGAACGACUUUGAACGGCUGGGUCAUCUGCUACACGUGGUCGCUGUUCUUCUACGGUAUCGGCGUGGGAGGAGAGUAUCCUAUGACAGCGACAUCUGGUAUGGAGAACGCUGUCGGAGCCGGAAAGAUCUCGACUCGAGAAGAUCGUCUACAUCGCGGCCGCAAGGUGACUUCGGCCUUCCUCAUGCAAGGCUGGGGCCAAUGGGCCAACCAGGUCAUCCUCAUUCUGCUCCUGCUGAUCUUCCACGGCGGCAAGAGCGGUGCUCCGUACAACAAGACCCUCGUGCAGUGGACCUACCGCGUGUCAUUUGCCAUUCCCGCCGUGGGCACCCUCUGGCUCUGCUACUAUCGUACUUACAAGAUGCGAUCUGCCUCCAAAGUGCUCCAGCAAGCCAAGAAAAAGCAGUCCGUCACCGGAUACGAUGUCAAGUCGCUGAGCUAUACCUUUACCUACUUUGGCGGUCGUGUCUUUGCCACUGCUGCUGCUUGGUACGCCAACGAUGUCUUCUUCUACGGAAAUAAACUCUUCCAGGCCGAGUUCAUCUCCACUCUCUCCGGCGACACAUCCUCGGUCAUGGUCAAUUGGCUCUGGAAUCUACUCAACAUUGGUGUUUCCCUUGUGGGCUACUAUCUGGCUUCGUUCCUGAUUGACAACAAAAAUUAUGGACGCAAAUGGAUGCAGAUUGUGGGAUUCAUGGGCGACUUCAUCUGCUUCAUCAUUCCCGCAUUCAACUACUCCUACUAUGCAGAAGGAGCCGGCGUGCACAAGUUCAUGGCAAUGUACUUUUUGUCAUCCUUCUUCAACCAAUUCGGGCCCAAUUCCGUCACCUUCUUGGUCGCCGCUGAGGUCUUUCCCACGCCAGUUCGUGCGUCUGCACAUGGAUUCAGUGCUGCAUGUGGUAAAUUGGGAGCUCUCACUGCAGCUGUCUUGUACAACUACAUUGAUGUGCCGACACGAUUCAUGGUCGUGCCCUGGUUCGGUCUUGCCGGAGCUCUCAUCACAUUUGUCUUUUUGCCUGAUACCACAGGACUGGAUCUCAAGGAGCAGGAACGCCGCUGGGCAUACAUUCGCGCGGGUCGCGAGAAUGAGUACCAUGGUGUUGCCAUUCACCCCCAGCAUCUAUCGUUGUGGGAGCGGAUGCGUGGUGGUGCCAAAAAUUACAAUGCGCAGAAGGACUAUGAGCAGAGGGUGGAAGAGAUGAGGGCUGAUUGGGAAGCUGCAAUGGCCCGCCGCGUCGCGGAAAAGGAGGGUGCUCAGGAUGAGGUGGACGAGGAUAACUGGUAUGUAAGGUAAUGUACCUGGUAUGCUUGCUUGACUGGUACAUCCAGGACAAAAGGUCACGAGGACAUUCUCGCCUGCCAUAUCGACUGCUUUCGUAGUGCAUCGAUCUGACCCUUCAGUAGAUGUUGGCAUCUGCUUAGACGAUCGAGUGGAAGAGGUCGCUCUGGUGAGCUCUUGGACCGCGCGCAGCCCAUUUCGUCCACCUUGGGUGUUUAUUGAUUGCAUUUUGCAGCUGAAGAGAUGUCGGUCCUACUGCGGUCCUUGACGAGUUACCAGUAUCCACCACCUAGGGUCAGGGUGAUUCUGUGUCUGUCCUCAUACUUCACUCCCGAAUCCCGUCCCUCAAUGCGAAGAGCACCAAUGUCGGCAAAGUCAGGUAGGUCAGGUACCUACAUGGACCUAACAUAGGUAGACCAGCCAGCCAGUCUGCACCAUCACAACCACCGUGUUCAUACUGUAUGUAGGUCACGGGUUCAAUGAUGAUUAUUACCGCCGCCACUGCCCUUCUCCCAGCCUUUGAUCGACUCAUCAAUAUUCAUCCAAUAUCUCAAUUUCACCGCCUCCCUCGUAGCAGUAGCCAAGUCUUCCUCAGCAAACGCAGACUCCAAAAUCUGAACACUCUUGUCGAUUCGCGCAUUAUUCUCGUUCCGGAUCUUCACCAGCCCUUCUUCGUCGUCCACGUCGUCGACGGCCUCGCGAGCCUCCAUGACUUCCAUCAGCAGUUCUCCUCCGUCUGUUUCGGCGUCGAGCUUCGCGCUGUCGUCGGCGACAUCGAUGCCCUUUUGAGCGAGCAAGUACUGCGCUCGUCGCAGCGGGUCCUGCAGCGUCUUGUAGGCCUCGUUGAUGCGCGCGCUCAGGGCCUCCGCAUGGCUCUUGUGAGCGGCCGACGCGACAUCUGGGUGCGCUUUGGCUUGGAGUUGCAGGUACUCUUUGCGGAGCUGGCGGAGGUCGGGCGAGAAGGACGUGUGUGGUGGUGGUCCGCGAGGAAAUGUCUGGGGGAAGAUGGAGUAGUGUGUCGUCGUCGUCGUUGCCGUCGUCUGGGUGGGCGGUUGUCGCUCGCUGCUGUACUUUCUCGUUCUCGUCUCCGUGCUCGUGAUCGUCCUCCACCUUCUUCUCAACGUCACGUCGGCCGUUCUCAUGUCCACCGCCGGCAUCGUCACCGCCGCCGCCGUCGCCAUCUUGGUCGACAACGUGGAUAAUGUUGACCGCAUCUUGCACGACAAGAGAAGGU